GGGCUAAUCCUCACUGUGGACGUGAGACAGGCUUUGGGUUGGUAAAUUCAUAAUUAAAGGACGGCAAGAAUCAGCUGGCAACUGGUGUGUUGAUAAGAUGACAUCCAUGAACAAGGGCAAUGAAGAGAAGAUACGGGGAGCGAACAGGAAGCAGCUCCUGGAAGAGUUAAACGAGAAGCGUGAGUCCUACUGUCUGGUGGAGAGAAGCAACCAAGUCAGCCUGCUGAGAGUUCAGAAGAGGCACUUUAGCAAGGCCUACCAGACCUUAGCUUGCAUGCAUAUCAAAGAAUCUGUUCCGGAAAGUACCAGGACCUCCUGGAUCAAACAUGAUCUCUCUGUGCACAAGGAGAAAAGGCACUUUCUGCCAAAAAAUAAUGCCAUAUUUGGAUAAAGUACAUCUCCAGACAUACACAAAUAAACUCUCUUCCAUC